AUGGGAACUCGAACUUUAAUGUCCAACUUCGUUAAUGGCAAACCCACUUUGCUGGUGGUCCGCAGCAACGCACUUACAACUCAAAAUCCUUUUUUAAUUCCUUUCUUCCAAACUUUUCGAGUCCAAACUUUUGUCCAAGGAACUCAAAAGCCCCUCAUCAAGGAAGUCGGCAUCACCGUCAAGUUCAGGAACUUCCAGCCCCUCAUAGAGGCCGUUGCUGUCUUUGAAAACCCCACAGCUACCACCAUCAAGUUUCGAUACGCCAAACUCGAAACCUUCUUCAACGGCAGCUCGCUGGGCCCGAUGGUGAUCGACCGGAGGCGCGAGCCCGACGUGAUAAAGCCCUCGCGGCUCAGCCGGUCUUCGCCGGUGGCCAUAAAGCCCCAAAUCAAAGACGGAACUUUCGCGCUCGUCAGCAACGUCCUCAGAAGCAUGGCCACGAACUCCUCCGAAAUGGCCUUCGUCCAG